CUUCCACGUCUCGCCUUCUCUCUUCACAACUCCGUUCAUUUCCUUUUCAUUUAUAGAACGAGACUCGGCCAGCUUCUGAAAUGACACCCAAUACAUCACCUGUUUCGUUACUCAUUGUCGUUGGAAUCUGUUUAGCUCAAGCAACUUACUUGUCACCUGUAAAUGGAAAUGGCUUUUCUCUUAAUGGAAAUGGAAUACACACAAAUGGCCAUGGAUAUACUAAUGGUGUUAAUGGCAAUGGCGUUUACAGAAAUGGGAAUGGUGCAUAUGCAAAUGGUAAUGGUAUAAAUGGUAAUGGCGUACAUACAAAUGGCAAUAGUGCAUUUUCUAAUGGAAAUGGAAAUGGCAACGUUGCAUAUAAUAAUGGGAAUGGAGGCAUAAAUGGUAACGGUAAUGGAGUUUAUAGAAACGGGAAUGGGAGAAGUGGUAUACAAAGGGCAAUGGUAUAAAUGGGAAUGGAGUUUAUACAAAUGGUAAUGGUAGAUAUGGAAAUGGCAAUGGUGCAUUUUCUAAUGGAAAUGGCAACGGUGCAUAUAUUAAUGGUAACGGUGCGACACCAAUGGAAACGGUAAUGGAGCAUACGGGAAAUGGUAAUGGGGUCACCGUGUACGCCAAUGGCAUUGUGGAUCCCUUCAGAGCUCUAGCUGAUGCCAUUGGCGGUGGAGGCGUCCCAGGUGUGGACUACCCCAUUCUGGCCUUCGUCCCCGCCACCGGGUUCUCCUGCAACGGCCAACUUCCUGGAUAUUACGCUGAUACUUCUCCCGAGGCUAGAUGUCAGGUGAGUGCCAAAUCUUCUGAAAAGACUAAAUUAUUGGGAGAAAUAGAUAUUUAGCUAAUGGAUAUCAAAUUUUCAUUAAACAGUGUGCUGUGAAGAUAUCCUUCAUUUUGUACAGAUAAAAACAUAAAAUUACUUUUCG